AACAAUGGCCGUGGACUGUUGAGUAGUGCUAUUGAUUAAAAUGUGUGCGUGUGUGCUCCGUGUUGUUAAAAUGUGAUAACUGAUAAAAAUCGUGCAGAAUGUGGAUCCCGACAAAAACGAAAAAAUACGGCGUCGCCAUUUACAACUGGAAGGGCGACACCCGCUUCGGCCUGCCCCUCGAGAUCGGCGAAACGGUCCAGAUCCUCGAAGAGUCCUCGGGCUGGUACAGAGGAUUCUCCACGAAAAACCGUUCGAUUAAGGGAAUUUUCCCGCAAUCUUACAUCCACUUGAAGCCCUGCAAGGUCGACAAUGAGGGUUUGUUCGAGAGCGUGGUGCCGCUCGAAGACUCGGUUGUUAGGGAAGUCACCCUCGUUCUGCGCGAGUGGGGUGAUAUAUGGAAGAAGCUAUACGUGCAAAGAGAACAGUACAAGUUCGAAACGGUGGGGAAAGUAAUGAGGGACCUUCUGGAGUGGAGGAGACAGCUGGUGUCGGGCACGUUGACGCAGGACCAGACGAGGGAGUUGAAGAUGAAAAUCAUCGCGAAAAUCGACUGGGGGAACAGGAAAUUGGGCUUGGAUUUGGUGCCUAGACAAGGGGCGCAGAUGAUCGACCCGGAUUCCAUGUCGGUGGUGGAGCUGUACCAUUACCACGUGUCCAGUGCUGAAAAUUCGCAGGGGUUGUCGGCCCGAGGCACCAUCCGAAAAAAAGAACAAAAGAAAACCCUCACCCACCACCUGUAUUUUUGCAUGCGCGACUUCGGACACCACAUCGGCGAGGACACCGAAAUCUACUUCUCCCUGUACGACGCCUCCAAACAAAAAUAUAUAAGCGAACGUUUCCUAGUCAAAAUUUCCAAAGAGGGCUUCUCGAAUUACGUCGAAAAGCUGCACAGCAACUGCACGGUUUUUACGGAUUUAGGGAACUCCGACCUAAACAAAGAUAUAUUUCUAAUAGCUCACGUGAUGCGUAUCGGCAAAAUGAUCUACUCGGAUAGCUCGAAAAAGACUGAAAAGAACGCGGUAUUACAGCAACAGGUUUUUAAAAGGCCUCACGGGGUUGCCGUGUACAACUUAGGUGAUUAUCUGACAACCAAAGAAGGAGACUCUGAAGAGAAAGAACUGAACAUGAAAGUAUACCAAGGUGAAGAGAAGGACUUUCAUCAGUUGCACGAGUUCAUAAUCCGCCAGUCGGGAAAAUAUAACGCUCUUGCGUGCGCUCCCAACUACGGUAUUAUGACGUCCGUCAAGAUGUUACACGGGGGACUGACCAAUCUCAAGGAAGAAAACGCGAUGUUGUUUAAGAAUGUUAGUUUGACGAGCAAAUUGGGUUUUCCGGAUGUUAUAAUGCCGGGGGAUGUCAGGAAUGAUUUGUACUUGAUUCUGGAACGAGGCGAAUUCGAGAGAGGAGGAAAAUCGGUGGGGAAAAAUAUCGAAGUUACUAUUAUGGUAUUGGACAGCGAGAAGAAUGUGAUCAAGGGAUGUUUGUGGGGGGCGUCGGGACAGGAAGGGACUUCGGAAUACAAUUCCAUGAUUAUUUAUCACCACAAUUCGCCGGCGUGGGCCGAGAAUGUUCGGUUGACUUUACCGAUUGAUAAGUUUGCGGGGGCACACGUGAGGCUAGAGUACAGACAUUGCUCAACACGCGAAAAAAACGAUAAAAAACUUUUCGGCUUUUCGUUUAUACGCCUAAUGGACAAAGAUGGCGCUGCGGUGCAAGACUGUCAACACGAACUGUACAUCUAUAAAUGUGAAGACCCCCAAAAGCUCGAAAACUGUGGCUACUUAUCACACCCUUCGUUCAGUAAAGAUUUCGAAGGAAAUCAUGAAAGCGUGGGCCAAUUUUCGCGAAGUCACAAGGAACUAGUUUUCGUAAAAACGCUACUGUGUUCGACGAAACUAACUCAGAAUGUCGAUUUACUCGCUCUGCUGCGGUGGAAAUCUCACCCGGAGAAAAUCCAAGACUCGCUUCAACGAGUUUUACGUUUAGGCGACGAGGAACUAGUGAAAUUUUUACAGGAUGUGUUGGACGCACUUUUUGCUUUGUUUUCGACGGAAGAUGGAAACUCGACGGCUUACAGUGGCCUAGUUUUUCACGUUUUAGUGUCGAUUUUUAAUUUGUUGGAUGGGUCGAAGUACCAACAUUUUAAGCCGGUGUUGGAUGCGUAUAUAAGGAAUCAUUUUGCGGCGGCGCUUGUGUAUAAAGGGCUGCUUACAAGUGUGCAACAUUGUGCAGACUGGGUUUUAUCGUUCGAGAAACAAGAACCGAUUCAGAAGUGCUACAAAAGCUUGGAGUACAUUUUCAAGCUGAUUAUACAAAGUCGACUCUUGUUUUCACGGGCGACUUGUGGACAAUACGAGGACAGUUUUCGGAGGGAUUUAUACAGUGUGUUCUCGUCUCUCAAUAAGAUGUUGACGGUUAACGACCCUCACAUUAUCAAUACCCAAGUGGCCCUACUUGUAUCUAUUAGUGCAGUCUAUGAGCAACUAAUCGAAGUGUUGCCGACUAUAGAAGUGACAAAAUUAGCGGCUACUCUUCUCGAUGCAAUUCCCAAAGAUCUCCCGGUGCUUCUAGUUCAAGCUAAGCUUUCAUGUAUUAAAAAUCUGAUCACUAGUAAAUUAUUCCAAGACGAUGAGUCUAGAAAUAUUCUGCUUGCUACCGCUUGUAAGCACUUACGUACUCAGCUGCACCGCCGCGAUGAGUUAAAACUCUGUACCGACAUUUUGGGGGAGAUUUUGUCCUUCCUUUUUAAACAAAGAAAGCAGUUUGAUGGCCAGGGGAAAAUUAACAACUGCAUGCACCACGAUGUGGAGACUUUGUGUAUAAACGUUUUGGAUAUUUUGGUUCAGGCCGUUUUGAGUAUCAUCGACAGGGAUACGAAAAUUUUGGGUUGUCUGGUGGCUUGUUUGAUCGGAAUUUUACAAUUAUUGGACGAAUUCCACUACAAGCGACUUUGGGAAAUUCUAGUGGGUCCUAACCUAGACCGAAAACCCCUCAAGGACUUUUUACUGCGAAUAUUUUUAGUGUUUCGUAAUUUAGUCAGACUGGAAGUUUUCCCGCCUGACUGGCUAGUAAUCAAAAUGGUAGUCAACAACGUAAUGUUGAGAGCCUCACAAGAAUUAGCGCAGCCACUAGCUUUCAAAUUUUUGGAUAGCCGCAGUGGAUAUUUCGACAAAGAUUUGUGGACCGACUAUUUCAAUCUCGCUGUUGACUACCUUACGCAAAAACCUCUCCAACUGGAACACUUCUCCGAAGUCAAGCGUGAGAAAAUCAUCGAGAAAUACGGCGACAUGCGAGUGUUAAUGGGCUUCCAAAUUCUGUCCAUGUGGUCACAGUUAGGUGAAUGCAAACUACAUUUUAUUCCGUCGAUGGUAGGGCCUUUCUUGAAAGUAACACUUGUUCCUGAAAUCGAACUGAGGAAAGCGACUUUGCACAUUUUCUUUGAUAUGAUGGAAUGCGAGCAGCGAGCCCGCGGAAACUUCAGACAAGUCGAGAGCGAACUCAUCGAUAAGUUGGACAUUUUGAUCUCGGAGAACAAAGGGGACGACGAGUACAGGAGGUUGUUCAACACUAUGGAGCACUUAAGUGCGGUCUUGCUAGAUCGCGUCCAAUCCGAAGACUUGGCGUGGAAAGAAAGUGGUGCCGCUUUUAUCAGUUCCAUCACCCGACUUUUAGAGCGCCUUCUGGAUUAUCGGAGUGUGAUCGAAGGUGAUGAAAAUCGCGACAAACGCAUGUCGUGCACUUUCAAUCUCCUGAAUUUCUACAAGAACGAGUUCAACCGGAAGGAAAUGUACCUCCGCUAUAUUUAUAAACUUCACGAUUUGCAUUUGUCUGCUGAAAAUUAUACAGAGGCCGCUUUUACUAUGAAAUUAUACGCGGAUCAGUUGACUUGGAGUAGUACCACGAUGAUAGCAGACGCUAACUUUCCGAAUUUUACAGAAUGUCAAGUUAAAGAGAAGUUGUAUAGGCAGAUAAUCAAUUACUUCGAUAAGGGGAAAUGUUGGGAGAAGGGUAUACCGUUGCUGAAAGAGCUGGCAACGUUGUACGAAACUCAGUUUUUUGAUUAUAAAGCUUUAAGUGAUAUUUUGAAAUACCAAGCCAAAUUUUAUGAUAACAUUUUGACGCAGCUCCGUCCAGAACCGGAAUAUUUUCGGGUGGGUUUCUACGGUUUAAGUUUUCCAUUGUUCGUGAGGAACAAGCAGUUUGUAUAUAGGGGAUUAGAAUAUGAACGAAUCGGUGCCUUCACACAAAGACUUCAAACGGAAUUUCCAUCUGCUCAGAUACUCAUGAAGAACACACCUCCUGACGAUUCCAUAAUCAACUCAGAAGGACAAUACAUUCAAAUUUGUAACGUUAAGCCCAUCCCUGAGACCAACCCCGUUACCACGGCGACCGGAAUCCCCGAAAAAAUCUCCCGUUUUUACUACUAUAACGACGUCAAAAGAUUUCAGUGUGACCGUCCUGUACAUAAAGGAAUUAUUGAUAAGGAAAAUGAGAUUAAGACUUUAUGGAUCGAACGAAUGAUUCUCGAGAUCGAAAACCACCUGCCCGGCAUCUUGCGGUGGUUUGAAGUGAUAGACAGACAAACCGACGAAAUACCCCCCGUAAAGUAUGCUUGUGAAACAAUGCAAUCUGUCGAAUUGGAACUGAGACAACUAGUCACGACGUACACGGUCGAACCGAAACGAAACUUGAACCCGUUUACUAUGAGAUUACAAGGAAUUAUUGACGCGAAUGUACAGGGGGGGAUUAGUAAGUAUCAACAGGCUUUCUUUACACAAGAGUUUGCGAAACUGUGCCCUGAACACAUGCCGCACGUUUACACUUUGAAGAAUUUGAUUCUGGAGGCGAUGCAGGUAAUUGAAGAAGGUUUAGAUUUGCAUGGGAGACUGGCUCCCGCCGGCGUUGUUCCCCUUCAUCAAAGACUUCUGGAGAGGUUUGCGCAACUGCGAGAGAGUUUGGGGGCACUGAGCAAAAUCAAACGACAAAUCCCGGAGAGUAUCGUCAAUACUCCGCUUCCGCCUCUUCCCGUCGACAAACGACUAAUGGCGGUCGAAAACGGCACCCGCACCUCCAGCGGAACCUACGAUUACCUCUCAGAACAGCGCACCCUCGAAAACGACGACAUUUACACAAAACCUAUGGAAAACGAACGCACUUUCCCGAACAGAGAAAACCUAACACUGCCGAUGACAAAUACGACAGCGCCACCAAUACCUCAACGCGAACUAAGGCCAAGAUCUCAGGGAUUUAAUACUAGUUUUACCGAAGUGCAAACACCAACCCGAGGUCUGGAUUACAAUUCUUCGAGUUUACCGCUGAUGAAGAGCCGAAAUUCGGAUUCGUACGACAUUCCGCUACCGCCUAAGCCUACUCAUAGCCGGGAGAGGUCAUUGACGAAGCCGCCGUCACCGAGGCUGCUGCGGCACGCCUCGAUGACGCCCACUGACGGCACGUCGCCAUUGAGGAACUCUUGGUCGGAUUCGGGGGUGGAAGAAGCGCCCCCGCUGCCCCCAAGGUCACACACUCCUGAUAAGCGUCUGGUCGGUUUUUCGAACGAAGCGCCCCCGAACAUCCCCAAGCGCGGCCAGAAGAAGUCGACUUCGUCCCUGGUGGGUCCGGACGGUUUCGUGACCGUCGAGUGCGGCUACGAGCUGACUCCCGACAGUCUGCGCGAUUCGGGUAUUAGCAUGAGCGAGAAUUCGAAUUUGAACAACUUGAAUAACACCUGCUACGAAGAUUUCGACCUCAAGAGUCACCAGCAAGAGAUGAAUAUUAGUAGUAGUCCGUAUGAGGACAGCCCGAAGCUGGAGAAUCCGCCUCCCAUUCCGCCGAAGUCUAGUUUGGCGUGCAGUUCCAGUUUGAACUCUAGUCUGGAGCUGACGAGCAGUUUGGAGCGAAAGCGCGAAGUAGACGGCGCCACUCCCGAGAGCGAGAAGGAAGAGAAGAGUCCUUAAGGACGGGUUUUUUCAAUGUUGUGAUUUGUACCUAAACGUUAGAGUUAGUUCACUUUGGUCAGGGCAGUUUGUGAGAGUUCCAGUAUUAGAGAACCUUCUUCUAUUUAUUUUAUCCAUUCCAGAAAUAGGCAGAAUCUUCGAGUAUUUUCUUAAGUAUGUGCUAGAUGUAUUAUAUUAGUUCUAGUGAUGUCAUCGUGUCAUUUCCUCUUGUGCCAAAGCAGGCCGUUAUAUCAAUUCAAGCAGGUUCAUGGACCAAAUCAGGAACAGUCGGACCUUAAUUCUCUCAUGUAUUCACAUUUACAUCGAAGUUUUGUAUAUAAUGGUGCUAAUUUUUUUAUCUAUUCUACUGUACGUAUUAUUCGUUCAUUGAUUGGUUGUAUUUGUCAUAUUUUAACCAUCGGACUAGUCAUAAAAAUGAUAUUUAUAAUUAUAUUUUAUAUUACUAAAGUACCGUAUUUUCCCAUUCAUGACUAUCAUCUAGCUUAGAAUAUUGUAUCAGGAAAAUAAAACGCUGAAACUGUA